GGAGCGCUCGUGCCGGCCCGGCUGGAGGAGCCGCGCCGGCGGCCCGCGCCGACUCUCGUUGCGCUCAGCUAGCCAGGGCUGCGGCCACCCGCGCUCCGGCCAGCGGCUCGUCGGGGCCCGCGGACGGCGCGGCCGAGCCGGUGGGGAGAUGUCCGGCGGCCGCAGGAGGGGCAGCGCCCCCUGGCACAGCUUCUCUCGGUUCUUCGCUCCGCGGAACCCUUCUCGGGACAAGGAAGAGGAAGAGGAGGAGAAGCCGGGGACCGGCCAGCCGGCGGGAGCGAGCCGGAGUGCAGCCAGUGUUGAAAAUGAGCCCGUGAGCACAAGUCAGAAAAAGGAGAGUGCGCUUUCAUCAGAAGCAGUGAAGAUUCCCCAAGCUGAGGACAGAAGGAAUCAUGCUGAACAGCCGGCCAUCCUCCCCAUGGUGGACGAUCUCCCAAAGCCAAAGGACCUUCCGGAUUCCACCGCAGAGGCCAAAACAGGAGAGAGCGACCGGCAGCCAAAAGAAAGCUUUUUUCAGUUUCUUGGGAACUUAUUCAACAUCUCAGGAAAGUCUUCUCUUGGAGAGGUUAAGCAGUCUUCCUUCAAAGAUGACCAGGAGAAACCUGAGAAGGACCCACAGACUCCCAGGGGCCCUCCUGAGGAGGGGAGCCAAAGGGAGGAGGAGACUGCCAGCCGCCCAGUGAGGACUCAGGUACUUCCUGGGGACCAACAGGAAUCCACCUCCUCAGAACUCUCUGAUGCCUUUUCUUUGGAUUCAACAACACAAGACAGCGAACAGGAAACCGCUGAUAUGCCCAAAAAAGAUACGGUCGGUAAGCCAGAGAAGCCUUCAGUGACAUAUGCAACAUACCGAGGCCCCACACAAAUCAGAAAGUAUUUGCAGCAACAGCCUGUGUUGGAAACUGUGAAUCACUUAGACAGAGAAGAUGGAAGCUCUGACUCAAGUCCCCAGGCACAUGCUGGCUCCAGAAGCAUAAGGGACACUGUGACAGUCCCAUUGUCAACAGACAGCAAAGACGUAGCCACAAAAGGAUAUUUGCUUGGAGGUCCAUUAGAAGCCUCUGGUUAUAGCCAAAUAAAUACCAACCUAGAAAGCAAUCAGGAAAGCGUCCCAGGACUGCAGGAUAUUGCUUCAUCUAAGUGCAUUUCAAAUAAAAAUAGCCAUGGAGGCCUCAGGAGCAGUUGGGCCUCCCCUUCUUCCGUGUCUAACCCCAGCUAUGUUGUUGGAGAGCCUGACUCACAAACAGAAAGUGUUUUAGUAUGUUCAUCAGUGUUUAGAGGAAGCAAAAGUAGCCAAGGCCCUUGUCCAGAAUUUCAGAGGAAAACUGCAACCGACAGUCCACUGAGAGUAAACAGCUCUGCGGUGACUGAUGGGCUGCCAUCAGUGCCGGGAGAGGAGCCGGCUCGGCCUCAGAGGCUUUCUGUUCCUGACUUCUCCCGUAGUAAAUCUGAUGGGAGUGACACUACCAAAAUGGAAAGUACAAAUUUGUCAAGUCCACAUAAAUCAAUUAGGCAUGAAGAUGUACGGUUGCCAGAGCAUAAGUGUGGUGACAAGCCAGCUGUAGAUAACCCAUCAAGGCGGACUGUCAAUCACGCCUGCAUUAUGGCUCUCCGGGGACAUGCUGUGACAGACUCAGAACUUGUAAAUGAAGGAAAGAAGUUACCUGCCCGAGACUCGCAGAAAAAUGUGGUUUCAGAAAUCUUGAAAGAAACAGAAUGUGCCUCAGGCAGUGAGCCCACAACUUUAAGUCAUGUAAGAACUCCCGAAACGGAGUCACUGGAGCCACCGCCGCCACCGUGUGAAACAGAAACCAAAAGGCUGGGUUGGGAACUACAUGUCAAAACUCCUCACGAUAUGGGAAAAACUCAAGAGGACCCUGGGUCUGUGAAGGGUGUCAGUGACUCGGUGGCUGUCGCAUGCACAGGAAGUGAAGCAGCACAUGAACUAAAAUCUGAACCGAACAGAAAUCCUAUUUCUGAAUCUCCUUUUCUCUCAGAGAAUUCUCAACAAGGAGGCGUUUCCUCUGAUGCUGAGGCACCUCUUCACCUUGACUGUAAAACUUCUGAUUACAGUGCCUCACCUCCUACCUUGGCUUCUAGAAUCAACAGGCUUGGCAAGUUGGGUUUCCCGGGCUUAAAGAGUGAGAGAUCUACGUCCAGUAAAACUGGACAGGGCAAGGUUUUCUCUCACCCUAAUGAGUGUCAAGAAGAAGGUGUGGGAACUCAUUCUGAGGCUACAGACAGGGAGAAUCCUCCUGCCCUUUACCUUGGACAUGCAUCCUCAACCCUUGAAUCCAAGGAAUUUCUUCCUCAUGGUGAAAAGUGCCAAUCUCCUUCAGGUCCUGAAACUGCUGGCACUCAUUUAGCUGGGGUAGCUUUAAACUUUGAGCAUGGAGAUACCUCUGAGGAUCUCAAUUCUGUUCCGUCUCACGGUCCUAAGAAAGAAGAGUUAAUGUCCUCAAAUGCUAAAGCUAGUAAGAGCACUGUAGAGAAGUCUGAUUCUUUCCCCCUGGAAACUCAAACUGCUAAAAUGUUAGGAAAAGGAGAGGUUUGUGAUCAGAGCAGCUUCCCUGUUGAGUCGAGUUCUGGAAGACGAAAAGCCUUGUCCACACCCUCUGUUUCUCAGGCAGAACCCAGAGAUGUUCCUCAGUGCGACAUUUCCUCUUCUCAAGUAACAGUUGCGGAAAAGCUAGCAGAGACUGUUUUAUCGGAGUUAAAUUAUCUAGGUAUGGAAAAGGACGAAGAUGUUCAACCAGUGGGUCGCAAAGAGAUCAAACAGUUGUGUUUCAGUGGUGGUUUUAAAGAGAAUCACCAGACUGGGAUGUCUCCUGCCUCUAAACAUCACAGUGGACAAGAAACAGAGAUGAACACCCCAGAUGGCUCUGCUGCUGUUCUCAAGAGUAACCUGCCUGGGAUUCUGCCGCUGGCUCCAGAGGAGGAAUCCACAAGGCACAGGCCACAGAACCGUGAAGCUAGCACUUGCCUAGUCACUCCCUCUUUGGCUAUUUGUGGGACGAAAAAGAGUUCUAGCAUCUCUGAAACGGAAGGACUGAGCUUAGACAACAUUUCUCCAAAAUUCCAAGAAACUGACAACACACACGUAUAUACAUCUUUUCUGAGUUCUGAUGCCCAUUUGGAGAAAAAUGUGUUUGCACCUGAGGGCUCCAGCUCACUGACUGUGCCUUCUCUCCUGGGUUUAGAAAAGGAAGCCUCAUCACGCAGAGACAACUCUUAUUUCCAGAGUGCUGGUACUGGUACCACAUCUCCCUCCUUUUGUCACACUACUGGAGAGAGCACAGCUGUAAAUUCACGUGAUCUCCCAAGUAAUUUUGAGUCUUUAAAAGUUACUGUAAAUCUCACAUGUGAAGGUGCUUCUGUUAUUGACCCACUGGGCCAUAAUAGCUUUUAUUUGGCAUUAGAUACACCUAGCCCAAAAGAAGCAGAGGUGACCUCACUCCAAGGAUGUGUGGGCACUCAUACUAAGAAGGCAUGUCUUGAUUGCCCAACCACUGCCUACUUUGACAAUCUCAUGAAAGCAGAGACCGGAACAGUUGCUGGGGCACCAGUGUCAGUUAACCGAUCAUGCCAGCAGUGUUCUGAGGCAUCUGCUGACCAGACAGACACAAGGAGAAGAGCACGUGAUCCACUUUUACUCAGAAGUGGUUUACUCGAAAAAGCUAAUACAUUGACUGAGGAGAUUUUAAGUUCUGUCAGAGAAGAACUAAAAUCCAAACACACGGUUGGUACCUGCCAGGAGCAUCUAGCCCAAGAUGAUAUAAUGAAUCCAGGUACUGUGAAAGAAGAUAUCCCAUCAGAAGUGGUGUUAGCAGGGAUCCAACUGAAAGAGAGUUUGGACGAGAAAGGUGUGGACAAUAUGUCAGGAGUCAAAGAGGAAGAAGAGACCAGUGUUUCAUCUGCAGUUGGUGAGACAAGCCUCCUUUUUGAUUUUGAUAGAGGGAAUAGCUCUUGUAUGUUAGAAGAACGGGCCAGGGAAUUAGUCAAUGAGGUUAUUUAUGCAGCCCAAGAAAAUUUGAUAAAUGAUGCUUUUGAUGAGAUUGAAAAUACCCGGGUUUCUGAACCUCAGGCUAACACUUCAAAAAACUGGAACGGUAGCGGUGGUGGUGAUCCACACGCUGUAGUUAGGGAGUUCUUGGUAUCAGAACAGGCAGUAAAUCAAAGCACAUGUGAAAUUAGUGAAAAUGAAGUAUUAAGUAAAUUCUCCUCCGUGAGUCACUUAGUUAGUGGCACCGAGUCAAUUAAAGGAAGAGAAAUUGUUCCCUAUCAAGAGUGCCCAGGUUUUGGAAGUGGGGCUGGACAGUCUGAUAGUGUAAAGUUGCAGACAUUAGAGACUGUUUUCCAAGGUGAAGGUGUGCCCCGGACAAGGUUAGAUGCUAAAGUGAAGACUCGCUUACUUGCCAGUGAGGACUAUAAAAAGGCAGCAGAAUCAGAGCGUGUGGAUAAUCACAAGAUGGCAACAGCAGAUACUAGAACUCUUGUAUCAAAUUUCAACUUGCCUCUUGCAAGUGAUGACAUCCAUGUGCCUAGCACCUCCAAAAACAGUUUUUCUGAUAGCCUUGUAUGCAUAUCUGAAAAAAGUUUCCCAGGACAUAAUAAAAGCACACCCCUUGCGAUGUCGGACUUAGGGAAAGCGCACAAAAACGAUAAUGAAGUAAAUGUAGGGAACAUGGCACUUACACCUUCCACGUUGGAGAUAGGAAAGACAAAUAAAAGGGAUGCUGAGUUGAAUAUUAUGAAACAUGAAGCAGCCCCUCUUACGCCACAUAGAGAAAAGGCAUGUAAAAUGGACACUGAGUUGAACAGUAUGAAAGCUGAGCCAGAGGCUGUUUUCGCAAGAGGAAGUGUACACCAAAUGGAUGCUCAGAUGUAUGUUGAAAAACCCGAGGAAUUACCCAUCACUUUGGGAAUGGAAAAAGCUUUUAAGAUGGAUAGCGAGGGGGACAUUGGCAAAGCUGAGGUGAUGCCUGCUAUGUCAGAAUUGAAAGCUGUCCAUCUAAAAGAUGCUGAGGGAGAUAUUGUAAAGACCGAGGUGGCACCUAUUUCAAUUGAGAUGGAAAGUUUUUAUCAAACACACGCUGAAGGGGAUGUUGGCAAGGCAGGGGUUGCAUCUGUGAUGCCAGAAGUGGACAUUUUCUACCAAAAGGAUGGUGUAGGGAUUGCUUCAGAGGCUGAAGCGACAACUGUUACAUUAAGGAUGGAAGACACUUACCAAAAGGAUGAAGAAAGUACUGUUGCAGAGACUGGUGUGGUAGGCAUGGUACCUGCCGAACUAGAAAUGGAAAAUAUUUAUCCUAAGGACUCUGAAGGAGAUACUGACAGUAUCUCUGAGGGGAUGCCUGUCAAGCUAGAAGUAGUAAAUGUCCAUCAAAAAUACAGUGACAGAGUUACUGGAAGGAUGGAGAGAACUGUGUCUCCCCUAAGGGAUGCUGAAGAUGUCCUAGGAAAUGCUGGAACAGUCCCAUUUGUGCUAGAUGUGAAAGAAACAUACCAGGGGACAGUAUAUCCUCCCUCGGACAUCUUUGAAAAACGAGUCCAAAGAGAGACUGAAGAGUCAAAUGGAACAACGGAGCCUGUACCUUCUAAGAUAGAAAUGGAAGUAAUGGCUCCAGAGGAUUCCAGUGGCAGCACUGAGAACCGUGAACUGUUACCUAUAGAGGUAGCUAUGGAGCGCACCAAUGGAACAACACCAGGGGUGACCAUUACGCAAAUGGACGCCCUAGGUCCUGCUUUUGAAAGUACAAAGGAUCCUCAGGAGUACAUGGAGAAGAGCAUUGGAGAAAUAGAAGAGCUGCCUGGUGAGGUCAAAAAAGGCUUGAUCUUGCACGACGACAGACUUGCUUCGCAUUUCAGGGGCUAUGAGUCGCCUACAUUAAGUAAGGAUUAUGAGGGCUACCCGGCCUCAGCAAUGCCAGAUUUCCAAGAGGAGGACACAGUAGUAAGGCUCAAAAAAGUAAUGUCUGUCCCUGUAGUAUAUGACAAGAGGAGAAAUCUGGAUUAUAGAGAAGAAAAGGAAGAGUCCAAUUUAGCCUUUGUCUCUCAAGACGAACAAGACAGUUCUUCCUUUACCAUAUUGUAUGAGGAACCCCUUCAAGAGGAGGACAGGUACACCUCUGCAGAGUUACGAGGGUCACAGUCUCUCCUGUUUCCCGACACCUCCAGCAUGCCUGGCCUGGCCUGCGAGCGGUCUGAGAGCAGAACUGACCUGGUCCAUCAUUUUGAAAAAGAAGGUAAACUGGGUGAGGCGUUUGAUGGAGACAAUUCAGAGAUGUUCUUAUCAGUGGAAGCCAAGAGGUACAAAAUCUAUCCCUUAGCCCUGAGCCCCAUCUAUGAGGAUGACAGUUCGCAGGAGGACAUUCUGUCCAGUGAGGUCUCGCCUGGUCACCAUGGCUCCUCCAAGUCAAGGGAGAGUGCAAACCAGCCCUCUUCUGUCUUAUCCCUCCUACAGUCCGUAUCAGAGCGCUUACAGAGAAACUUCGAUGGAGAUGACAGACAGGUGGCCGAAGAAGAGGAGGAGGAAGCCGUAGCUUCGGGCAAAGGUUGGAGAACUGAAAGGAGGGAGCAUGUCACCUUCCACCUGCCAGAUCCUUCUGUCACCUUUUACCCUGAGGACAACCAGGAGCGCGCUGGAAUUUCCAAGUCUUAUGUAGAGUUCAGUGAACCAACGACCUCCAGUCUGCAGCACAGCCUGUGGUCAGAAAAGGCGUCGUUUCUCCAAAAAUCCGACAUGACUUCUAAGUUGCACUCUUCUCUGAAGAGUGCCUAUCAUCAGUACUUGCAGACUUCCAGGACUCACUCCUCAGAGACGGGGACCCGAUUUGGUGGCACCCUUCAGGAACCAGUGUCCAAGUAUUUCCGUGUUCAGGACCACGCAGGCAGACUGAGUCCGUAUGUGGAGAACGUUGACAAACAAACUCUGAAGUGUAAUCCAAGGCCUGGGAAGAUGAUAAUUUAUGAUCUCCAUGGAAGUAAAUAUAAACAAGAGGUCUACUGUAACAUCCCUGAUGCGACAACAUGGUCGUUCCCGAAUGGGGCACUGAUAAAAGUUGUAAGGGGCUGCUGGAUUCUGUAUGAGAAGCCCCAUUUCCAAGGUCAGAAGUGUGUGUUGGAAGAAGGGGAAAGAGUGUUAAACCGGGACUGGCUUCUUCAGAACAGGAAGCACCCAGAAAGGAACUUUGUCCUGGGCUCUAUCAAACGUGUCUUAAAGGAUUGCAGCAUUCCGGAGAUAGAGCUGUGCCCCAAGACUGACCCUGGGUGCGGCCCCAUCUACAUACACCGAUCUGUCCCCAAUCUGGAAGAGCUGAACAUCCCCAAGUCUACGUCCUUCACUGUGAAGUCAGGAGUUUGGCUGGCCUACCCAGAUAUUCACUUUAAGGGGCAAGCUACAAUUUUGGAGGAAGACCAGGGGCUCUUUGAGAUUUCUGCAGCCGAGAUGAAAUCACUGCAUCCUCUUCAAAUGGGUGGACUGAAAGUGGAAAUGCCUAUGAACUUAAAGGUUAUCCUUUAUGAGAAACCUCACUUCCGCGGACAUACCAAAGAGUUUAGUGAACAUAUAGAUUCUGUCCCUAAGUUUUUAAAAAGCGAUAAGGACUUGCGUGGCAUCGGAUCGAUUCGUGUCAUUGGCGGAGUGUGGGUUGCCUAUGAAAAGGAACAUUUCAAAGGCCAGCAAUUCCUACUAGAAGAAGGAGACUUUGAAGAUAGCAGCGCUUGUGGGGCCUUAAGUGGACCCAUCAUGUCUUUCCGGUACCUACAAGCUAAUUUUAUAGAAUCUUCGAUCACACUGUUUGAAUCUGACCUAGAAAGUGGGAAGUUUAUUGACAUCACGAAUCAGGAAAUUUCUGACUUAGAAGAGAUCGGCUUUGGCAGCGAGACAAGAUCCAUUCAUGUGAAGAGUGGAGUGUGGGUUGCCUACCACCAGAAGUUCUUCUGCGGCGAUCAGUACAUUUUAGAGAAAGGAAAAUAUAAAUGUUUUUUUGACUGGGGAGGAUCAAGUAAUACAAUCUUGUCUAUCCGACCAAUCCAACUGGAACCACUCGGGAUAAAUGAGCCUACACACUUGCUCAAAGCAUUCAGUAAAGCAAGCUUCCAAGGAGAGUGUAUCGAUUUCAUAAAAGAAUGUGCCGACCUGACCUCGUUCACGCCGGCAUCCUUUAAGGUUCUCCGUGGCUGCUGGCUCCUGUAUUACCAAGAAGACGGUUUCUAUCAUCAGUGUGUACUGGAAGAGGGCCUCUACGUUGACCUCACUUCCUGCGGCUGCCCAUCUGCUAGAAUCAGAGCGCUCAAGCCCAUCGACUAUGUUUUUGAAGAACCUUCCAUCAGCCUUUUUGCUCUGGAACAUUGUGAGGGAAGAGAACUACAUCUUGAAGACGCCGUGAAUUCCGUUUUGAACAAGGACCUACACUUCUACACCCAGUCUGUGUGGAUAAAGAGUGGCUUAUGGAUAGCUUAUGAAGGUUCCAAUUUCUUGGGAAGGCAAAUCCUCCUUAUGCCUAACGAGAUUCCAAAUUGGACAGCAUUCAGUGGGUGGAAGACAAUCGGCUCCGUGCGUCCUAUGAAGCAGCCUGCAGUGUACAUCAGAAUAAGGAACCGAGCCCAGGAUGAAUACUUGACAGUCACCGGGAACCCAGCAGAUGCACGAACAAUGUCCGUAUGCAUCUCUCCCUACAGUGGGAAGGACACUCAGAUCUGGCACUACUGCCGAGGACUCUUUAAAUCCAAGGCCAGUGAUACAUGUCUUGAUGUGAUUGGAGGCCGGGACACUCCUGGAGCCAAGGUAGCCUUGUGGACUGAACAUGGGCAGUUCAGGCAGAAGUGGAGAAUGAACAGAAACGGAACCAUCAGCUCUUAUCUCAGUGAUGAACUUGUCCUGGAUGUUAAAGGAGGAAACUAUUAUGACAAGACUCAUGUCAUUGUGAAUCAGCCCCUGGAGGGGGAAGAGACCCAGAAGUGGGACAUUGAAAUCCUGUGAGAGAAUCACAAAGGCACCUCCACCCACUCACGCCGUCCUGUGUGCAUGGGAAGGAGGCCGCUGUGUUCACACUACUGCACCGCACUGCACCGCACACAGAAAGAACUUUCUCCCCAGCGGUGACGGCUCCAUGGGAGAGCUAAAAUAUUCUCGCCAGUUCGGGAGUAUCCUUGUGAAGAAAAUGUAUUCCUUCUUCUGAUGGAUCCAGUUGUAGUGACCAAUUUCCUGAAACCUGUCUUUUCUCUCCUAAGCACUAACCAUGAAUUCUGUCCUUGAUGGCGCUAAGCUAUCUGGAAAGUGCAGUUACAAGCAUUAGUUAGUGUCCUAGUGUCCUGCUCCAUGCUUGUGUGAACGAGGCACAGGAAAACAAACUUCUACAGGCUGUCAUGCUCCUGCAGGAAGAUGAGUCAUUUUCAGCACCACCUGAAGACUUAUUUUAAAAAGCUUUCAUAUUAAACUGCUGCUGUAUUAAACAGACCUUAGUUUCUAUAUAGAAACGUUGUAACUGAAACACCCGUAAGUAUUUAUAUUCUUUAAUUAUCUGACCCACAAGGAGGGACCUCGGCUUCUUGAGGCAAAAGGCACUAGUAGUACUUAAAGUACUUUCUGUGGCGUGACCAACCUUUACUGUUUUUCUAACUACACAUGUAUGAACAUCCUUGGAGUGUCCAUCAACAUGUCCUGCGGUGGUGACAAUACUCAGUGCUAACCUUACAUUUUACCCGACUUAAGGAGGAAAAGUAGUAUAGGACUGAGUGACUUACGUGUAAGCGCUGACCGGCUCCCUGGAGUAAAGCACUCCACGCAAGUUCACAUCAAGCAAACAGGGCUUCUACUUUGUCUGCUCAGUGACCUACAACCAAGUUUUCCUCCCAUUUUAAACAAUUACAGCUAAGCAAAACCAAGUUUAGAGGCACUACCAUGACCUGCACAGGUACAGGUCAACAGCCUUCUCCCUCCUAAGAUGGACUUAAUUCAGAUGGCCACUGCUUUCAGCCCCAAUUUUGGCCAGAAAGAAAAAAUACUUAUUUUUACAGAAAUUCUCCAGCAAUAUUUUUAAAAAUACCAACUUGUAUGCACUUUAGAAUGUAAAAUAACAGUGGAUACUUAAGACUCAAAGAGCCACCACUACUUUGAUUAUUUUUUAUAUUGGUCUUUCCAUGUAUAUACCGGCCUCUGUUUUUUUCCAAUCUCUGGCUCUUCUGUCAUCUUCCAAGCAGCAUCUGAGAGCUCUGCACGGCCACAGAUGCUGGGUACCUCUUAUGGGUAUGGCAGUAUUACAUGAAACAUGUUUAUUUUAAUGGGGAAAGGGGUCAUGUAUGCUCAAAGAUAUGUAUAUUUUCAUUGUAAAGAAAAAAAAUCCAACUUUAUUCCUAAGUUUUAAUUGUUAGAAAGUAUUUUUGGAGCCAAGGAUGCUCUUUAAAGGAGUUAUUUCUUCCAAAGAACCAAGACAAGCCAGGUUAAUGACAUAAUUCUUUAUGACAUAUGUACUGGAGUUGUGCCUUUUCUACAACACUGGAUUAAAUAAACUUGUCCGAAGUA